AUGAAAUUUUUUAUUGCUACCAGUUGUGUGCUAUUAUUGGCCACUGGCAUCCUGGCCAACCCCACCAACAACAUCAAGGAUAACAAUGUCGAACAACCUGGUACAUUCUCCAAGUGCUUGGAAGUUGAUUCCAUUUCGUGUCUGCAGUUAACGGCCUAUCGUAAAGCCAAAUCCUUUUUCGACAAUCCCCAAAUCGAAUUGUUCGGCGGUGUAUCCCUAAUCAAAUCCAAUGAAGGACGCCAAGGCAAAGCUUUGGAUGAAAGCGCUUUGGCCGUUGAAAAUGCCCCCACCAUUGAGGCUCGCACCAGCGAAAUGGGCAACUACAUGUUGACCAAUGCCAAGAACUUCUUUGCCGAACGCUCGUUGAACUUCAACUUUGCCAAUGCUGCCCGCUCUGUGGCCCGUGCCAUUCCUGAGGAUAUCAAAACCGAUUUGCGUGAAUUGGUUGCCGAAUCUCGUACUGGCAAAAAGAAGAAGUUGUUGAAGAAAUUCUUGCCCAUCUUGUUGGGUGUUGGCGCUAAGGUAGCUGUUUUGGGUAUUGGCUCCAUCUUUGGUUUGUUGUUCCUGGCCAAGAAGGCCUUGGUCAUUUCUGUGAUUGCCUUCUUCUUGGCUUUGGCUGCUGGCGCUAGCAGCGGUUUGAGCCGUUUGGGCGGUUCCGGCGGUGCUGGUGGUCUCUUGGGCGGUUUGGGUGGUUUGUUUGGCGGCAAGAAUUCCGGUGGUGCUGGAGCUGGUGCUGGUGCUGGAGCCGGUGCUUCAGCUGUGGGUGGCUCUGCCGGCUGGUCCACUGGUGGUGGUGCCAGCAGCGGCGGUUGGUCCUCGGGCGGCAGUUCCGGUGGCUGGGAUUCUCAUGGUGCCUACAGUUCUCCCGUGGCCCAGACAAUUGCUUACUCUGGCUAUAAGCAAAGCAGACGAUAAGCGGACAAAGGCGGCCGUUUUUAGGGUAACAAAAUCGAAACACACACAAAAUAGCUAGGAUUCAUU